AGUGCCUAUCCGUUUUCCCCAACUUAUUAAUUUACCAGAAAUUUUCAUUCUAGUUUCUAUCCUCCCAGCACACACCAAUCACUGAAAUUGCGUUCAAACUCCAUUGGAAAAUUUCUGGGAUCGGCUUAUGUCUCUGCAGGCGCGCCACCAGAGCCUGGUCUCUUCCAGCUCUUCAAGCCUAUCGUCCCCAGUUAAAUCUGUCAAGGCCAGUCAUUUUAGCAGAAAAAUAGUUGGCUUGGAUAAUCUGAUAAUAUAUCCUUGUAAUAGGAGGAAGAAAUUUCAUAUAAGGCUGACCCAUGUGGACAAUGGUAAAUUUAGUCUCAGCAGGCUGUCAUAUUUAAGAAGACAGUCCAUUAACUUCCGCAAAUCAAGGAUGGUGGAUAGUUUUCUUUCUUUGUCGUCUUCUGAUGAUGGCAUGGCAGUCAAUGCAAGUCACCAAGCAAGAACUCAAGAAGAUGUUGACGAAAUUAGGUAUAAGUUGAAUCAGUCUUUACAGGAUGGAGACUGUAAUACAAGGCUUGUUCAACUUCUGCAUGAUGCUGCAAGAGUUUUUGAGCUGGAAAUCAAGCAACAAAGCUCAUUAUCUAAGAAGUCUUGGUUCUCAAAAAAUUGGCUUGGAGUUGACAAGCAUGCUUGGGUUAAGCCACUUUCUUAUCAGGCUGCUGUAUUAUCUCAACUCCUAGCAGCAAGUGAGAUUUCAUCCCGUGGAUAUGGAAGAGACAGAGAUAUCAAUGUUUUUGUGCAGAGGAGCUUAUCUCGGCAGUCUGCUCCUUUGGAGAGUGCAAUUAGAGACAAGUUGUUAUCUGAACAGCCUGACUGUUUUGACUGGUUUUGGUCUGAACAAAUCCCUGCUGUGGUAGCCAGCUUUGUUGAGCACUUUGAAAAGGAGCAACGCUUUUCUUCGGCUACUGCACUGUACAUAAAAGGCUCUCCCUCACGUCCGGGUAACUCAAGCGAUGUAUCCCUUCUGAUACUCUCACUAAGCUGCAUUGCAGCAAUCACAAAACUUGGUCCAACUAAAGUUUCUUGUGCUCAAUUCUUUUCCAUAAUCCCUGAUACAAGUGGUAGGUUGAUGGACAUGCUUGUUGAAUUUGUUCCUGUUCGACAAGCUUACCAUUCAAUAAAAGAAACUGGCUUGCGUAGAGAGUUUCUUGUACAUUUUGGUCCUCGAGCUGCUUCAUGCAGAGUGAAAAAUGAGUUGGGCGCCGAAGAAAUUACAUUUUGGGUGGAUCUGGUACAAAGGCAGCUGCAGCGAGCUAUUGAUCGGGAGAGAAUAUGGUCCAGGCUCACAACCAGUGAAAGUAUUGAGGUUCUGGAGAGGGACUUAGCCAUAUUUGGAUUCUUCAUUGCCUUGGGGAGAAGUACUCAGUCCUUCCUAUGUUCGAAUGGCUUCAAAACCAUGGAUGAACCGAUUGAAGAAUUCAUACGGUACCUAAUUGGCGGCACUGUUCUCUAUUAUCCACAGUUGUCGGCAAUAAGUUCUUAUCAACUGUAUGUGGAGGUUGUGUGUGAAGAAUUGGAUUGGCUUCCUUUUUAUCCAGGGUACAGCAAUAUAUCUAAACCCAUUCAUGGACACAAACACGAGGAAGGUCCUCCCAACCCCGUUGCUAUCCCCCUAGCCUUGGAUGUUUGCUCCCACUGGAUUGAGAGCUUUAUAAAGUACAGUAAAUGGCUGGAGAAUCCAUCCAAUGUUAAAGCUGCUAGGUUUCUUUCCAAGGGGCACAACAAAUUGAAAGUGUGCAUGGAGGAUAUGGGAAUAAAAGGGGUUUCUCCACCAGUUGAAAAAGAAUCACAAUCAUUUGAUAAGGCUCUUGAGAGUGUUGAAGAAGCACUUAUACGACUUGAAGAUUUGCUUCAGGAACUACAUGUAUCAAGUUUCAGUUCUGGAAAGGAACACUUGAAAGCUGCCUGUUCAGACCUUGAAAGGAUACGGAAACUGAAGAAGGAGGCUGAGUUUCUUGAGGCAUCUUUCAGAGCUAAGGAAGCCUCACUUCAGCAGGGUAAUGUAGCCGGUGAAUCUACAUCAUCUUUUGUUGACCAGGAACAGUAUUCCAAUGGAAAAGAUAGCAAGAAUUUUGAUUUGGAAAUUGAUAGGAGCAGCAGUUCUGGUUUCUGGGACUUCAUUAUGCUCAGGACCCCCAAUUCCUCUGGCCUUGGUAAUGGUAGGCUAUCAGAACAAGCUGCAGAGGUGGAUAUUACUGAAUCAGGAUCUGAAGAAUAUAAGAGGUUUGAAUUAUUAAGGAAUGAACUAAUGGAGCUUGAAAGAAGAGUUCAAAAAAGUACGGACCAGUGUCAACAAGAAGAGGAUGAAAUUCAGAUGAAAGGUGAUACAUCCAAGAAAAGUGGUGAUUCUAAAAGCCCUGGGUUGGUGAAUGCUCAGAAGAAAGAUGGUAUUAUUGAGAAGUCUCUGGAUAAGUUGAAAGAAACAAGCACAAAUGUCUUGCAAGGAACUCAACUUUUAGCCAUUGAUACUGCUUCGGCUAUGGGACUGCUCAGAAGGGCCCUAAUUGGGGAUGAAAUAACAGAAAAAGAGAAGCAGGCUCUCCGAAGAACAUUGACUGACUUGGCAUCAGUAGUUCCCAUCGGUGUUCUCAUGCUGCUUCCGGUUACUGCAGUCGGCCAUGCUGCCAUGUUGGCUGCAAUUCAGCGAUACAUGCCCGGACUGAUACCGUCCACAUACGGCCCGGAAAGGCUAGACCUUUUGAGGCAGCUGGAGAAACUGAAGGAAAUGGAAGAUGAGGCAAGCACAAACGAUGAUAAUGAUGACAAAAAUGAUAGUAGAGAAGAAUAACUCCACGAGCCGAGUCGAGCAGAGCUUUGAAUUGGCCUCUUGCUCCAAAAUCAACAUCUUGUAAAGUGGUGCUCUAGCCGAGCAUUGGGCAUUUGUUGAUGUUGUCACUCUAUAAAUUCUCUUUCAAAAUUCUACGUUGUAAAUAUCAGCAGCAGCUGUAGCCAGCCAUAGAUUGUGUGACCUGCUCGACUGUUCAUUGUUGUCUAAAGUGCUCUGCAUAUCUCUUCCCAUCA